AUGUAAAAGAGUUUCAGGCGUAGAAGGAUUUGAGAAAUAUAUCGAAAAACUGCAUUGCAUGUGACUAGAAGUAAAAAACAAAUAAUUAAGAUAUAUUCUUAAAUUCUGUCCCACUCUCUAUCAUCAUCUCACUCUUUCCUUAACUUUCUGACCCUUUUGAAUGUUUGACAAAAUAAAAACAAAUUAUUACAAGUUGAAGUAGAAAUUGAUAUUGUGUAUUUAAUCAAAAUGGAUAACGAGAAGACCUGGAUUGCACCCCUUACCUCGAGCACUAGUGGCGAUGUGAGCUCUAGCGAUUCGUCCACUCCUCAGAGCUCCAGUUCCAGCUCGGAACCCGGUACCGCCCCCGCCCUUUUUGUUCAGCCCAGGCCGAUGCCUUUGGACAAGCCCAAGAAGUGCACCUGCCGAACCUGCACCUGUCCGCGUCCCGAAACCUCACCCGCCCCCGCCCCCGCCCCGAUACUCCUUCCCGCCCAAGGUAGCCAACCUGUGAAUGAUGAAGCCGAUGAAGUUGAGCUUCAGGAACCAUCGACGCUGGCCGCUAGUAAUUCCAAGAGCCUUCGCAUAACUAUGGAAACAUCGAAGAAUGAGGAUUCGGGCUAUGUGUACGAGGAGGUGAUGGGAACGCACACCUAUUCGAUUGAUGAGGACGAGGAGGAGGAACCCCACAGGGGUCGUAUUUUCGGCGUGUCCGGUCCGGUGGUAAAUGCCGAGGAGAUGGCCGGAGCCGCCAUGUACGAGUUGGUCCGCGUGGGCCACUACCAGCUGGUGGGCGAGAUCAUCCGGCUGGAGGGCGACAUGGCCACCAUCCAGGUGUACGAGGACACCUCGGGCGUAAGUGUGGGCGAUCCGGUCUUCCAGACGGGCAAGCCGCUGUCCGUGGAACUGGGUCCCGGGAUCAUGGGCAGCAUCUUCGAUGGCAUCCAGCGACCCCUGAGAACGAUCAACCAGAUCACCAACUCCAUCUACGUGCCCAAGGGCAUCGAUGUGCCCGCCCUGCCCAGGGACAUAAGUUACGCGUUCACCCCCGCCAAAAUCAAGAUCGAUGAGCUGGUCACCGGCGGGGAUAUUUACGGAUCGGUUUUUGAGAACAGCAUGAUGCACGACCACCGGCUGAUGCUGGCUCCAAGGUGCAAGGGGCGUGUCAAGUGGCUGGCUCCCCCGGGAGACUACUGCGUGGACGACGUGAUCAUCGAGACGGAGUUCAACGACGAGGUCACGCGCCACACAAUGCUCCAGGUGUGGCCGGUGCGUAAGUGUCGUCCGGUGGAGGACAAGCUGCCCAGCAACACGCCCCUCCUCACUGGCCAGCGGGUCCUGGACGCCUUCUUCCCGUGCGUCCAGGGCGGAACCACCGCCAUUCCAGGGGCCUUUGGCUGCGGAAAGACCGUCAUCUCGCAGUCCCUAUCCAAGUACUCCAACUCCGAUGUCAUCAUCUACGUGGGCUGCGGGGAGCGAGGAAACGAGAUGUCCGAGGUGCUCCGGGACUUCCCGCAGCUGGAGGUGGAAGUCAACGGCACCAUGGAGUCGAUCAUGAAGCGCACCGCGCUGGUGGCCAACACCUCCAACAUGCCGGUGGCUGCUCGAGAGGCCUCCAUCUACACGGGCAUCACUCUGUCCGAGUACUUCCGCGACAUGGGCUUCCACGUGUCCAUGAUGGCCGACUCCACCUCCCGAUGGGCGGAGGCGCUGCGGGAGAUUUCGGGUCGACUGGCGGAGAUGCCUGCGGAUGCUGGCUAUCCGGCGUACCUGGGAGCCCGUCUGGCAUCCUUCUACGAGAGGGCCGGAUUGGUCAAGUGCCUCGGGAGUCCGGAUCGCAGUGGGUCCGUUUCGAUUGUGGGAGCAGUGUCGCCGCCCGGAGGUGACUUCUCCGACCCUGUGACCUCCGCCACGCUGAGCAUUGUCCAGGUCUUCUGGGGAUUGGACAAGAAGCUGGCCCAGAGGAAGCACUUUCCGUCGGUGAACUGGCUGCAGUCCUACUCCAAGUACAUGCGCACCCUGGACACCUACUACGAGGAGUCCAAUCCGGAGUUCACCCAGCUCAGAGCCAAGGCCAAGAAGGUGCUGCAGGAGGAGGACGACCUGGCUGAGAUCGUCCAGCUGGUGGGCAAGUCGUCACUGAACGAGGAGGACAAGAUAACGCUCGAGGUGGCCAAGAUGCUGAAGGACGACUUCCUGCAGCAGAACUCCUAUAGUCCGUACGAUGCCUUCUGUCCCUUCUUCAAGACCAUCAGCAUGCUGAAGAACAUGAUGGCCUUCUACGAGGCGGCCAUCCUGGCGGUGCAGAAUACGGCCAACAACGAGGCGCGGGUCACCUGGGGAUUGAUCCGGACUAGGGCAUCCAAUAUUCUCUACGAGCUCUCCACCAUGAAGUUCAUCGAUCCCAAGCUGGGCGAACCGGUUGUAUUGGAGAUUAUGGAAAAGCUCCAUGAAAAUAUUAUGAUUACUUUCCGGGACAUUGAGGAGAACGCCGGGGAUUAUUAACGCGAAAAAAAAAGAUUAUUGAAAAAAAUCAAUGAUACUGUGUCCAACAAAUUUUUAGUAUUUUUAGAAAGUAUUUUACUGAAUAAAGCGUUUGCUCUUUUCAAACUUU